AGUGUGGAAGUUGGCUGCACACUGUGUCCGGAGCUUUCGGCCCUGCCCUGCCCUCCCUUUUCCUGACUGAUGCCGAUGUGCAGCAUCCGAGACCGGGCGCAGGGUUCCGGCCAGUUGCCCGGCUUCGCCCAGUGCCGGCCCUCUCCCCAUGCCCGCUCCUCCCGCCGCUGGAGCCUGGUUUCUGAGUCUCCAGAGGGAACUGACGGAGCGCCGGUUGUCCUCUCUCCUCCUCCUCCUCCUCCUCUCCUCCCCCUCAUCUCCCCGCCUCUCUGACCGCUCAUCAGCACCCAGAGCUCGUCGGCGGCCGAGCAGGGGAUGUCUACAGAGGCUGCGAACAACGACAAGCGAGACAGCGCAUGGCCUGAGCUGGAGAAAGCUGAAAAGCUGGCCCGAGGAGCUGCCUUAAAAUGGGCCUCGGGGAUCUUCUACCGCCCAGACCAGUUAGAGAGACUGGGCCAGUAUCGCAAGAGGGAAACGCAAAGAACGUCCUCCGUUCAAUCCAGGCUGAAGUCAGCUGUUCAGUCCUACCUGGAAGGGGUGGGGACAGGCCUCGGGCAGCUGAGAGCCUCCCUGGACGACAUCCGAGCCGUGGGCCGCACAAUGGUGGAGGUCCAAGAGGAGUGCCAGAACAAGGUCAACGGCUUUGAAAGCUUGGGGCAGCUGAGCAGCCUGGUGUCCGAUCAUGUCCAGCUGUCCACUGCAGUGCACCACCUGCAUCAGGUCUUCUCAGUCCCUGAGGUUGUGGCAGAGACACGACAGCUGAUAGAGGAAAGGAGGCUACUGGAAGCACACACCAAGCUGAUGGAGAUGGAGUGCUGGCGUGACGACAUUCUCUACCAGCUGCACCGUGCCGGGAAGCAGAGCACAGAAGGAGAACAGGUCGUCCUGUCGUACUUCAGUGGUGUCGGGCAGCUCAACGAAGACCUAGUCAAGGAGCUGUGGGACGUGGUGAGCUGUGGACUGACCCUGGUAAAGCAGGACCCCGCACUAUUCGUCUCGGCGAUCCGCGUGAUCGAGCGGGAGGAGAAGAUCGAUCAAGUGACCUUGGACAGUCAAAGCCAACACAAGUUUCUCCCACCUGGACGGCCCAAGAAGCUGAGGCAUAUGUUUUUUAAGGUUAUCGAGCAAUCAACUGCGGCACAGUUCAGAGCAAGGCACACGGACACAAAGGGUCCAGGACUGGCCAACCAUUUAGCAGCCUUGCAGAACAAUGUGCUCAAUGAUUUGAAAGUCGUCAAACACUUAAUGGUGCAAUGUUGCCCUCCGCACUACGAUAUCCUCCAGACCUACGCGGUGCUUCACCACACCUGCCUCUCGGGACAUCUGCAGGAUAUCAUAUCCUGGGACCUGGAGAAGGGUGAGAUCUACACUGUGCUGAACUGGAUACGUCACGUCUACCACAGCAGUCCUGAAAUGAUGGAUCAUCCGGAUCUCUUUCCUGACGUUGAUGUUGCUUCGCUGGGCCCUCUCGUUUCUCAGGAUGCACUGGAGCAGCUACAGAAUAAAUACGUGAAUGCCGUCAGGGUGGCUUUGUCAGACUGGAUGCAGAAGGCGCUGGAAGCUGAGGUGAGCGACUGGUACAGCGAAGGGGAGCCAGAGUCUGACCACGAGGGCUACUACCACUCCAGCCUGCCGGCCAUUGUGACCCAGAUGCUGGAGGAAAAUGUCCAGGUGGCCAUAAUGAUUGGCGACCGUCUCAGGGACCAAGUGGUGGUGAUGGCUCUGCAGGAACUGGAGACCUUCCUCUACAGGUUGCGAGAGGCUGUAAUCUGUUUUGGGAAGGAGCGGAGCAAGGAUCCGCAGCCUAAGUAUUACUUGCUGUACCUCCUGACCACCGUCAACAACUGUAUCGCAUUCAGAAAGUCAGUCCAGUGGCUGCAGCAGCAGAGUGACGGGGGCUCCCGGAGCGACGGCUGCACGAAAGCCUCUCACUCCAUUGACACGGCCGUGGAUCGAGCUAUGAAGAAAGGCUGCAGGCUGUUGAUCGAUAAGAUGCUUCUGGAACUGCAGCCUCAUUUCCUCCAGUUGCUGACUGGGUCCUGGCUCUCUGGCUGCGAGUUCAUUGAUUCCACCUGCACUGUUAUCGACACGUACUACAGCUACUUCAGCCACAUCCGGGAGCCCAUCUUUCAGUUCAUGCUGGUCGAGGGGCUGCGUCUGGUGGUCAUUGAGUACAUCCGCCGGCUGAUGCUGAAGAAGCUAAUCUGCAAAAACGGGGGCGAGCGAGAGAAGGUGUGGCACAGGUUGUCACGUGAUGCCACACAGCUGCGGGAGCUUUUCAGCAACCUGGGACUGGAAGAGGCCGAACAGCUGACCAACGCGAUUUCCUCCGUGUCGGAGCUCAUCAAGCUGAAGGACAGCUCCCUGCUCAGCCUGGAGGUUUCCGGCCUUGUGGCCAAUUACCCCGACAUCAGUGACGAGCAUGUUUCAGUGCUGUUGGACAUCAGGGGGGACGUGUCCAAGGAGGUCCGCGGCACUGUGUUGGAGAUGCUGGAGCAGAGCAGCCAGAUGCCUCCUGAAGACUACCAGCCCAUCUUCUCCGAUAUCCUGGUGCCAGCUCCCGUCCUCCCCUUCUGCCUCCACACCGUCAAGUGCGGCUAGGCGGCCGGCCGUUAAAUCUGUCCUUGGAAGUGACGUCCUCGACCGGCGGGCCGGAGAAUUGGCAGGCGUUGGCGGCUGAGGUGGCAGUGCCAGCCGAGGUCUUGCUCCAUCAUACAGCCGGAGCCGGUAGACGCGGAGCUCUGGUGGGACGGGGGACCAGGCUGGACAGGCAACCACUAGCAUGAAGCUGUGUUGCAGCGCAUCAGAUCUCCGCAGCACCUACAAGUCUCGCCUACUUACAAAGCAUGCCAGAAUUUGCUGGAAUGACCUCCCUCCUUGGCUCGGCGCUAAAGCCAAUGGUCGUGUGUCCCUCACAGCUGUGGUUCCUGGUGGAUCAUCCAUCAUCGCAUUCCAGUGGAGUCUGUAUGCAAACACUGGAUUAAGAUGGGCUUUGAAGCCUUCCUCGGCUGAAUAACCCACCUACAUUCCUGGACAAGGCACCCCCGAGGAGGCUGGUGUUGGAUGGAGCAAGACAAAUGGGAUUAGUUUGUAUCGGUAUGAUAGUCGGCAUGGGAACAGUGGGCCGAAGACCUGUUCCUGUGCUGUCAUGCGCCAUGACACCAAACGCUCCCACAGAUGUCUGCUGGGCAAAGGGUAGCUUGGCAGCAUCCCUGCCAACUACUCUGCCACCUGCCCACAAACCCAAGCAUGCCCUUAUUUCCAGGCCUCCGUGUGUCUUUGGGAGUGAGCCUCCAGGAAUGCUCUCUGUGGAAGGAGCUUCCCUCCCAAAGACAUGCGGAGGCUCGGAAAUAAGGGCAUGCUCAAAGGCACUGUCUCACGGGUAGUCAUGGGAAUGUCAGCAUUAGUGCAUGGGUUAGGGUGGCCACUGGGACAUUAGGUUGGGUUGAAUUCUCAUGGAACUGGGUGGAGAUCGGGUAUGGGGUUGGCAAGAUGGAGAGGAGUGGAAGGGAAGUGUUGCCAGCUUUGCCUUGAUUUCCCCCAACCAUCCAAAUUACCCACGGCUUACCUGCACCAUGUCCACCAACAUUUCACACCCAUCUCUGCCUCCUGCCUCCAUGCAUGCCCCACUGGUUGGUGCCCCCUCCCCCAUCCUCCCAGUGCAUUUGAUCUGACAGAUCAACCAGUCCCUGAAUAAAGUGUCACGGUUAACCGUGAUCCCAUUGAUAAAUAAAAGAAUAGGGUUGUAAAUUUCUGGAGGAGUCAUCAGUUGCAUCACAAGGCACAAUGUCAGCUCACUGACAUGGACGGUGGAGUCUGUGGUAGAAGAUAUCUAAAAUAAAUGUCACUGCAGCAAGGGAUCCAUCACUAUGAACGCUGCUUUUAACAUCACAAUACAUUUCUUGUGGAUUUAUCUUUGAUUGAUAGUUCAUAGGUUCAUAGGUGAUAUGAGCAGAUUUAGGCCAUUCGGCCCAUCACGUCUAAUCUAUGUCUCCAUCCUAACCCCAUUCUCCUGCCUUCUCCCCAUAACCCCUGACACCCGUACUAAACAGGAAGUGAUGAGACCGCUGGGCAGUUUGACCUCUUGAAGACAUUGUGAAACUGACACAGUCCGAUCCCAUUUGAUAAGUUGCAGGGAGAAGGGAGCGAGAUCUCCCUGUCAGGAACUCAUUGGCCAACUGCGGGCAGUAACCACUUGAGUUGGGACAUCGCUAGGUCAUGCUUACACAACUUGGACUGUGGUGACCUGGAUUUCUUUGCACCAAAGUUCCUAGAGCAAAACCAAAUGGCCAUCAGGUCAAACCCAGAACCUGCCAGAGUGUGAGUGGGAUGAAACUCUUUGAGCACUGUACAGCUUCCUCAUUAAUUUCUGCCUGGUUCAACUUUGUCCUCUCACAGUUAUUGGAGAGGCUCGAGCAAAGAGCCCUUGGAUUGGAGAAUUGUCCCCUUCCCUCUCACUGAAAACCACUGCGUGGUUCUCACAGCAAACCUUAUUAAUAGUACAUCUGCUGUAAUCUGUUCCUUACCCUCUGAGAAUUCACUGCUUAAGCAUCUCAACCCCUGUGAAGUCCACUUCCUGUAGCAUCCUCUGUGAUUGCUGCAGUUUAUUUAAUAGCACAUCAGCUUUCUGUUCUGAUUGGAGGAACUUCAAGAUGUCGUCCCUCUUCAUCCUUGUCUUGAAGCCUGAAGGCCAACCCUUCCCCACCCAGUCACUCGUGAAGCAAGUUCCCCCGCCCCUUGCCCCCCUCCCUUGUCGUUCUUGAUCCCCAGCGGUGAACCCCACCUCGGGUAAUCUUGUUUCUAGUCAAAUAUUUACUUGUGCAGUGGCUCUCACUUGGCCUCCUGCCGCCCUUCUCAGCAGCCACCCGUACUUCACCCAGAAGUACAGAGUGGAUGAUCCAUCACAGCUUCCUCUUCAGGUCCCCUCCAUCACAGAACUGGUCUUUAGCCAAAUCAAUUCAUUCCAUGCAAUGUCAAGAAAUUACCGUAAGUACAACAACAAAGGCCUCAGGGCCCCCUGCUAACAGCCAGUUGUAGGACUAAAGACCUGAAUUCCAGAAGCCGUUGAGCUCCCAGCCAAGCUGUUACAAUACGGUUGCAACACAGUGUCUCCCCAGCAAAGUGGAACAAGUCCUGUUUGCAUAAUGCAGCACAAAUCCAAAUUAGCUAAAUACCCCUGAAUGAGUCCACUUUGGAGCCUGGAUGUGUACAGCUCACACAACUCUUGAAAACCUCAUCAUUAGCCAGGACCAAUGAGCCGACUGAUUGGUACCUCAUCCACUACCCUAAACAUUCACUCUCUCCAUCUCUGAAGCAUAGUGAUGCGCCAUCAACAACAUUUGCUGCAGUUACCAGUCAAGUCUGCUCCGACAGCACCUCCCAAACCCACAGCCUGCACUGUUUGAUAGACCAAUGUCAGCAGGUGCAAGGGAACACCGCCACCUGCAGGUUCCACUUUGACUCACACAUCAUCUUGACUUGGAACUAUGUUGCCACUCCUUCAUCGUCACUGGGGACACAUUCUGGAGGUCACUCGCUGUGGGAUUAUUCGAACCAGAAAGGCAGCAGCAGUUCAAGGUGGUGGCUCACACCCACCUUCUCAAGGGUGAUUGUAGAUGGGAAAUAAAGGCUGGCUACUAGCUUUGCCCAGACCAGCAAAAUUAAUAAAUGAAAAUGUAUCAUCUGACUAUCCUUCACCCCCCCUCCCCCCACCGCUCCCUCACCUGCCCACUCCUUUAUGAGUCUGCUGCCCCGUUUCCUCCACCCUGCUGCCCAAUUAUUACACAGUAGUCAACACCAGGCCUUGAUAUCCUGACCAUACCAUCAGGUCCACCCCUACAACCGUGACUGGGACUCAGACCCAAGACUGGGGCUCUCUACUUGGGUCUGUAACUGCACGGUUUCUGUGGGCCUGGGGCAUGAGCAGUCCUGCAGGAGGAUCUGUGAGGCUCUGUUACAAAUCCGUGUAGGAAGGAACUGCAGACGCAAAAUGCUGGAGUAACUCAGCGGGUGAGGCAGCAUCUCUAGAGAGAAGGAAUGGGUGACGUUUCAGGUUGAGACCCUUCUUUAGACUGAAGAAGGGUCUCGACCUGAAAUGUCCCCCGUUACUUCUCUCCAGAGAUGCUGCCUGUCUCGCUGAGUUACUCCAGCAUUUUGUUAGUCUCUCCUGUACAAACCCUAUUGGCAUACAGGCACUGCCGCAGUCAGCAGCCGCCAUUCCCAGGUAACGCUCUCUCCUCUGUGGCUAUGACGAGAAUUAGCAGGAAGACGCUGACCUGAGUAGGUGACUCCUUCUGUUGAUCAGUUCAUGUAAGGAUCCUGAACACUGGACUUUCAUUACCAACUCUUACGAUUCACAAACAGAACCUGGAUUCAGCUUACAUUUUCAAUGACAAUCAGAAUGUAAAGAAAGGCGUACGUUUAUGAUAAUCCUUUUAUAAUUUCAGGAUGUACCAAAGGACUCCACAGCAAGUUCAGUGGUGUGGUCCACAUUCAUGUAGGAGUUAUGGCAGCUGAUUUGUGAGGUACCUCAAACAGCCAUGCUUUAAUAGAGUCACAUGGCACUAUAACAAGCUCUUUGGCCCAUUAAGUCCUGCCAACCACCAACCACCGAUGUACACUAAUCCCAUUGUAUUCUCUUCACAUUCCAAUCAACUCCUGUCAGAUUCUCCCUCUCACCCAUACACGAGGUUCAAUUAAAUCACCAUCCUCUGUGUCUUUGGGAUGUGGGGGGAAACUGGAGAGAACCUACAUGCUCACAGGGAGAACAUGCAAACUCUACAGAGCAACACCUAUGGUCAGGAUUGAACCCUGGGUCUCUGGAGUUGUGAGGCAGUAACUCCAUCAUCUGCACCACCCUGCCACAUAGAGUAUUCAUUUACUGAUUUGAUUAAGGAAGGGACAUUGACAACCCAUGGCCCUUCCUCAAUAUGCUGGUGAUGGAAUGUUACUCAUCUGACAGGCACUCAUCCACCAGAGUGUUGGCCUGAUUUUGUAUCCACUCUGCUGCCUUGACUCGUGAAGCUGGGACCCCUCACUCAUGGGAUACCAAUGAGCCCCAGCAGAUGUAUUCCAGAUUGGGUCGUAAUCGGCCACCUCCAUAAAAGGUAAUCCUGAACUUCAGAUGCACCUCCACCUGAAUGUGACACAUGGAACCAUAGGUUAAAACAGGAUAUAUGGUUAUAAGGGACUGUUCCAUCCCCCAAUGUGCACACUCUACCAUAUCCAUUCUGUUGUAUCAAAACCUCCAGGAGCAAUGCUCCUCAUGAGGCAUGUUGGAUUCAAAUGAAUGUUGCCAGUGAGAUGGAACCAGCUUUACUUGGUGGAAGAUUCCCCUUUCCAAGGUCCUGGACUUCAAUGUAAAUUAAUGCAAAAUCAAAGAGCAAUUGGAAGAUUUGUCCCAAUGUCAGAGUGAAGCAAUUCAGCAAGGCAGCCCAUGAAUUGCCUGUGUUAACUGAAUUUUCCAUGGGCCCUGGAAAUAUUGUCUACCCUGGGGGUACUGAUGGAUAUUUUUGGUUCAGAGGUACUUUUGCUUACUUGCUAGCAUUGUUUGUUCCUGUCUAAAAAUAAAAGCCCAAUGGACUAGGA